UCAUUUUGUAUCCAUUAUGUUGUUUAGGCUUGCCACAGGAGGUGGGAGUCCAUAUGGCUCUGCGUACUUCAAGCAUCAAAGACCUUACUUCUUCAGCAACUUUAAAAGAUCAGCUACUUCUUUCCUGUUCUGAACGGGCUGACCAUCCAGAUUCUGUGGCAGGAAUGAUAAACUGGGUCACUGAGAUAUUCAAGAUAUGGGAACACAAUGGAGGACCAGCACCAUUUACAGAAUGUCCACUGUUGUCCAGUAAGAAUGAACAGUUAUUGAGAUCACCUUCUUCUCUGCUAUCAAGUUCAGAAAGAAAUUGGACAAUUCCUCCUUCUGACAGACAGCUAUUCUACAGACCAGAGAGAACACAUAAAUACCUGUCUGCUAGUGUCUAUGGUUCAACUGUGUAUGAUCUCUCAGAGAAGGAUAGAAUACGCAAUCGCGCCACAGAUAUUCAGCUGGGUCGACCAACCAGAUCAAGUCUUCUAAGAGCCAAAUAUUGUUCUCUAUCAACAUUCAGUGACCAACGCAGCAGAGAAAAGGAACAAAGAUCAUGUGAUUUCUCUGCAAUCAGAUGUCACCAGUAUAUGAAAGCGCUGAAACCAGUACCUAACUUUUCAGGAGAGAACAUCCAUUCAUUUUUGAUCGGUGCACGAUAUAACAGAACAAAUUAUUUGGAUUCUAAAGCUGUAGAAAGACAUGGUCUAUUCAUCUGUCGUAACAAACCAUAUAUUCACUUUAUCGUGGAUCAUGGAAAAGAACAAAAUAAAAAGAUGCACACUCAAGAAGUAUCUAAAUUGCAAGAAGAACCUAUUGUGCAAUGUAAGCAAAGCAUUUCAGCCAAGUACAUAAGUGAAAAUGAUGUCCCUCCUGCCCCUGAGAUUGACCGAUUCAACAACAAAGUCAAGGUACCAUGGGGAAUUUCAACCAAAAAGGCAAAUGGUGAAAUCCAUAUGUCAAAUGAGAAAAUGAGAAAAAAUAAAGAACAGAAAGCACGACAUGAUAAGAUACCUGCAGAAAUGCUCAUCACAAAACUUUCUGGAACCUCCAAAGUGUCUAGCCAAAUACACAAAAAUAAUAUUUCAGUCAUGCACAUGGUUCCAAACAAACGGCAGCGUGGAAAAACACCGUGGGCUGCUGCAGAUUCAAACAACACUCCCUGCAUGUUGGUAAAUGUCGUGAAGCCUUUAGUCACUUGCUUAGUACCCCCCACAUCUCGUUCUUCAAGAUCAAGUCCACGGAGCUGUUCAGUUGCAGAUGAAAUAUGUAAAGAAGUUGGAACAGGUGGCUUGUUGAGUGCUGAGAAAAAUUCCAUUAAUCUAUCAGCAAAUGAUGGCGGCUGUGCAGAAGAAAAGGAUUCUGUUACUGAGAGACAAUCAAUAGAGUCUUUGGAAAGGUUUUAAAUUAAGUGGAGAAUAUGUAGCAGAAAGCAACCAUCUUCAUUUUCCACAAGAAUCAUAUUUUGUUACGAAGCAAGAGAUUAUGUAAAUCUUUGUCCUUUUGAACAAGCAGAUCUGGGACAUGGUUAACUCAAUGAAUGGUAUUAUGAAUGGAUAAUUAAAUAGUACCAUUUGAAAAUUUGCUAAAAUCUUUUAAUGAGUUGUAAUCACAUAAUAGCUUUGGUAUAUUUUAUUUAGAAUGACAGAAUACAAACUCAUGUUUUUGUUUGUUUGAUGUGAGGUGGGUAAUGUUAAUUAAUCCAUCAUUUAUCCACUUAUUUAAGGAUAUCAAUGAUUAUGUUAUUGUACUAAUCCAUUUGACUCAAAACCAUUUAAAUCCUUGCAUAGUUCAUGGAAAAACGUGAUGUACAAAUAUAUUUUUCAGAACUCUAAAGUGACUUUAAAUGAAAUUCUCUUGUUAGGAACACACAUUCGCUUUAC